AUGAGGGAGCUAAUCUGCUUGCUUGUGCAGGCGAGGACCGCUCGGCUAGGGCGCGCCAGAGGAGCUGAAAGCCACUUGACUCUAAGGAGAGGAGCUUCGAGUGACUUUUUUCUUUGCUCUUCGACAGCCCUAACAAGUCACUUGAAGCUCUGCCCUUUGCUUUGCCCCGUGCUGUCUUCCUCCAGUUGCCCCCACCCAAUAGCCAAUAGGCCGAAAAAGGUUGCAGUCAAUUGCCCUUCCCGUUAUCAUCAAACAAAAGACUACCAUACACGCCUUUUGCCGGCAAGCUACCCUCGCCUACCUCAUCUAUAG